UUGUCAUCAUUCAUCAGCAACCUGGAGUGGAGGGGAACAGGGCUCUUUGCUCUCUUUCAAAUUUCAAUAUUCCUUCCCAAUCAGAGAUCUCUCUGUUCGCAGCGCGAUGGCCAAUUCACUCAGAAAACAAAUCACCCAUGUCAUUUUCGACAUGGACGGUCUCUUGCUUGACACGGAGAAGUUCUACACUGAGGUUCAGGAAAAGAUACUAGCCAGAUACAACAAAACUUUCGAUUGGAGCCUCAAGGCCAAGAUGAUGGGAAGGAAAGCAAUAGAAUCUGCUAGGAUCUUCGUUGAAGAGAGUGGAAUUAGCGAUUCUCUUAGCGCAGAGCAGUUUUUGGUUGAGAGAGAGGAGAUGCUUCAGGAAUUGUUCCCAACAAGUGAGCUCAUGCCAGGUGCUGAUCGUUUACUCAGACAUUUACAUGCAAAAGAAGUUCCGAUUGCCUUGGCAACUGGUUCUCACAAGCGACACUUUGAAUUGAAAACUCAAAGACAUGGUGAACUCUUUGCUUUGAUGCAUCAUGUUGUUCUUGGUGAUGAUCCUGAAGUUAAACAAGGCAAACCAUCUCCCGAUGUAUUUCUUGCAGCAGCCAAGAGAUUUGAGGGUGGACCUGCAGAUCCUUCCAACGUUCUUGUUUUUGAAGAUGCACCUUCAGGAGUUCUUGCAGCUAAAAAUGCUGGGAUGUCUGUUGUUAUGGUUCCGGAUCCAAGACUGGACAAGUCUUUUCAUGAUACAGCAGAUCUAGUUUUAAACUCAUUGAUGGAUUUCAACCCUAGUGAAUGGGGUUUACCACCCUUCUAAGAUAAUGGAAGCUCAAGUUAAACCUCCAGUUGCCGUACAGUUUCCACUGCGGUAAGAAAAAAGCUGGCACCAUCUAUGUACAACUAUAUUUAUGACUCGUUAAUCCAUUUCCAUAGAAUUUCAGUGUUCCCUGUGGAG